AUGGACCACACUCGUCAAGUUUCACUCAGCCCCGAAGAAUUCCAGGCUGCUCGAGCUCAUCUUCUCGAGCAAGAGAAAGCGGUAACCCGCCAGCUACAGGAGCUUGCAGCCUUGCGCCGUGAGUUGCCUAUGGUGCACAUCAAAGAUCCAGCACGAUUUCAAUUCGACACCCCCGAAGGAUCAAAGAGCCUGUUAGACUUGUUUGAUGGACGUAAACAGCUCAUACUUUACCAUUUCAUGUUGGGACCCCAGGAGACUCAGGGCUGCGUGGGUUGUUCAUUCUGCAUGGACCAUAUACCAGACCUCGGCCACCUCUGGAGUAGGGAAACUUCCUUCGCUGCCGUAGCUACUGCGCCAUUGGAUGAUCUCAUGGCCUAUAAAGAUCGGAUGAAUUGGAAGUUCCCAUUUUAUAGUUCUGCCAGAACGCAUGAGACAUGGGCCGAAAUCGAGGCACGGGGUGAACUUGUUACUUGGAAGCCUGGGAACGGCUACUUUGGUCUUUGCUCUUUUUAUCAGGAAGGUGACGAGGUAUUUCAUACUUAUGAGACGUCAUCUCGGGGAUUGGAGAUUAUACUGUCCACAUAUCACUUGCUGGAUAUGACCUUGCAUGGCCGGCAAGAGGUGGGAAAUGGAAUGAACAACUUCAGUCGUCAUGACGAAUACUAA